GCGGGAGAAACUGAACAGACUCGAGAGUUCAGAGGAAGACGACAUGAGGCGAGAUUAGUUGGAAUUAAGUGAGAAUUUGUGACCUUGAAUAAUUUCAUCCAACGUUUAGUUCGUCCGGGAAAUAAGUUGCUUGUGGAAGAAUGAGGCGCUCAGCAGCUCCCAGCCAGCUCUCGGGUAAUGCUAUGAAAAAGCCGCGUUUCGUGCCUCCUGGAGCAUCUACUUCAGGUGUUGUGGCUGAGUCCAAGCCUCUGGCCCCUAAACCUGGAUUAGGCAAUGCACUGAAAAAGGUCCAGAGAAGUCUAGCAGCACCUCCUCCAAGUAAGACAGGCUGUGAUGUCCAGGUCAAAGCUGCAGAGGAUGCUCCAGCCUUGUCCAGGGCUCUGGCUCGUGUUCUCAACGCGACUGAAAGUAAAGAAAAUGAGGCUGAAGUGGAAUGUCCUGAUGCUGGCAUCAGGGAUUAUGCGGAAGACAACAGAUCAGCAGGAGGUAACGGCUCUCUUCAGUUGACACCCAGGUCUCCUCAAACCCCACAGCCUCCUGUGGGCUCAGACUCGGCCCGCAAUCAGGAUGGAGUGCACUACUAUAGUGUGGUGUGGUGUAAGGCCAGUAAGAAGAAACACAAGCGCUGGGAGGGCGAUGCAGUCCUGGUGACAAGAGGACGCACAGCCACACUUAAAGACAUGGAGGGAAAAGACAUCGGCAAAGGUAGUGGCUACAAGGUGUCAGAGUUGGCCUCUCUUUCUGAGGGACAGACCCUGAUGAUUGGUGGGAAGGAGGUAGAGGUGAUGGGGGUCAUUUCACCUGAGGACUUCGCCAAGGGACGCUGUUUCCAAGAGGUCCAAAUAGAGAAAGAGGAGCCGCACAUAAAAUCAGCUCCACCCCCUCCUCGUCGCUUUGCAUCCAAACCUUUCUGCCCCCCGACCCAGGUAGGAAGAGCAGAGCAUCCAUUAACUAAACCAGAGGAGGAACAAACCUGUAGACCUCGCCAUGACCCCCUAGCUCCAGGCGCACUGGUGAUGCCUCGUCCCUCCGCCAACCACCAGUGGUGCAAUAACAAGUCAGGGCUUCCUGUAGUUGAUGUUGUGCUUGACCCAUACCUGACCACUCACCUGAGACCCCACCAGAGAGACGGCCUGCUCUUCCUCUAUGAGUGUGUCAUGGGCAUGAGAGCUGUGGGUCGCUACGGCGCUAUCCUGGCUGAUGAGAUGGGUCUGGGGAAGACCCUCCAGAGUGUGGCGCUUUCGUGGACGUUGCUUAAGCAGGGACCGUACGGCGGGAAACCAGUCGCCAAGCGUGUCCUCGUGGUUACUCCUGGCAGCCUGGUGCAGAACUGGGGAGCAGAGUUUAACAAGUGGCUGGGCCGCGAGAGGAUCAGUGUUUUCACUGUAGAUCAGGACCACAGGAUAGAGCAGUUUGUGCUAUCUCCUCUGCACAGCGUUCUGGUCAUCAGCUAUGAGAUGCUGCUGCGCUGCCUGGAGCAGGUACAAAAAGUGGAAUUUGGUCUCAUAAUUUGUGAUGAGGGUCACAGAUUAAAGAACAGCAGCAUCAAAACGUCCUCUGCUCUCAGUAGCCUCAGCUGUACUCGCAGGGUCAUACUUACAGGCACUCCGGUACAGAAUGACCUGCAGGAGUUCUAUGCUAUUAUAGAGUUUGUUAACCCAGGGAUUCUUGGGUCAUCAACUGCUUACAGGAAAGUGUACGAGGAGCCAAUUCUACGUUCCAGACAACCCUGCUGCACAGAGGAGGAGAGAGUUUUGGGAGAAGAGCGAGCUGCUGAGCUUUCUCGCCUGACUGGCAUGUUCAUCCUGAGGCGGACGCAGGAGAUCAUCAACCGCUACCUGCCUCCUCGUCUCGACUGGACCUUGUUCUGCGAGCCGUCCCCUCUGCAGCUAGAGCUUUACAGGCAUCUCCUGUGCCAUCGAGUCUUCAGGGCCUGCCUUCAGGGCUCCACGCAAACUCACACACACCUGGCCUGCAUCACUGCACUGAAGAAGCUCUGUAACCACCCUGGUCUGCUCCACUCCACUGUCAAGGAGAAAACAGACCAGGGAUCACUGGAAAGUUCAUUAUACGAUGGUCUGGUAGAUCUCUUCCCAGAAUCCUACUCUUCAGGUGGACUCAGCAUUGCUGAUUCUGGAAAACUCCUUGUUCUGUCUGACCUGCUGACUGCCAUCAGACAGCUCAGCCCUUCAGACAGGGUGGUCGUAGUGUCCAACUACACUCAGACACUUGACUUGCUCCAGGACUUGUGUGCACACAUGAGCUACACUUUCUGCCGACUAGAUGGACACACACCCACCAGCCAGAGACAGCGGCUGGUUGACAGUUUUAACAGCCCCUAUUCCCAGAACUUUGUGUUUCUGCUGAGCUCUAAAGCAGGAGGGGUGGGACUUAAUUUGAUCGGUGCUUCCCACCUGGUGCUGUAUGAUAUUGACUGGAACCCUGCCAAUGACAUUCAGGCCAUGGCUCGAGUAUGGAGGGACGGACAGAGGAAGACAGUGCACAUCUACCGUCUCCUCACUGCAGGUACUAUUGAGGAGCGUAUAUUCCAGAGACAGGUGUCCAAACAGGGGCUUUCUGGGACUGUGGUUGACCUGGGCAAAGGUGCCGAGCACACCAGUUUCUCCACCAAUGAACUGCGAGAUCUUUUCAGCCUGACGGACACUCCCUCGCUAACUCACGACCUGUUGAACUGCAGCUGCAGCAUGGAUGGAUCAGUCCAGGCCCUUGUAGGGGAUGAGGACCCGGUCUCUGAUAGGCCGUGCCAGCUUGGUCGUCAAGGUGACCGCGGAGGUGGGGCAGGGGCGCAGAAGCAUCUCAGCAUGUCAGAGCUGAUGCAGUGGAGACAUUUCUCUGGUGACACACACACCUUCUCAGACCCCUACCUUGAUCACGCACGAAACCACAUCACCUUUGCCUUCCAGACCACCAUCUCUCACACAGCUCAGUAAACACACAUGAGAUUACACUUAUAUAGAUAUACUUCAGCUACAUGUUUGUCUUCAGGCUCUCUGGGCUUUGUCUGCAGCUUGGCUACAAGAAAUGAGUAGACACUGCACAUUCAUCAACAGAAAUACAGUUUCCAGCAGCAUUAAAUGAAAUUGCUUGUGAGAUUCUGCAUCUACUCAUGAACAUCUUCAUAUUUUCUUUAUUUAUUGAAAGAAAUUUACUGUAACAUUUCAUUAAAUAAAUGACAUCCAAAGGAAAUGUGUCUAACAGGCUCUCAAAGAG